UGGUCCAUGUAGAUAAGAUAACACUAAUCAAAGAAGAUAACGUAGUGAUUACAUACUCUUUGAAUAAGUGACGGAAGUUAAAAGUGUUUAGGUUUAGGUUUAUCCCCGGGCCCCGGCUCUCGGUAAACAGUACCUAGUUAGUAGUAAAAACCUGUGGUAAAAACGUAGUGAUUAUGUUCUCUUUGGACAGUAGUGUAAAUUCUUUGAUCCCCAGUUAUUUUAGUGGCUUUUUCUCCGGUCGGUGGUUCGUGGGCUCAAUACAUCGAAAGCUCUCUAAAAUAUAGAGAAUAUAGGUAGGUAGUUAAUUACUUAAUUAGGUAUGUCAGCAAAAAAGAAGAACCUGGACGUGUACCUCGGCGAGAUAUUCAAACAAUUCAUUGCGCUUAAAGAUGACGAUUGCAAGCGAUCUCAGGAGGUAUUCAAAAGUGUGUUCGAGCAAUUUAAACAGAAGAUGGGCGAACAAUGCAAUUACUUUGGAAAAUACGCAUCACAGGUGAUGUAUGCUGGUAGUGUGUAUGAUGGCAUCAAGGUUAGCAAGCUGGAUGAGUAUGACAUGGACAUUGUCAUCCGACUGCCAAUCAACUACGACGAUGGAGAGAAUGGAAUCAUCAUAGAGAAUGACCAGCCUGGCUUCGUUAAACUGAAAAUCAUCAAAGCUUUUGACAACUUGGAUAAGCAGAAGGAAUGGGAAAACUGCCACAAAGUGACUCGAGACUGGCGCGACGCAGACAAAUACUUUCUGCAGAACAAAUUCCGGCACUGGCUGCACAGCAUCGUGCAGAAAACCCUCAACGAGCUCAACGACCAGGUCACCGUCAACGGGGUGACCUACCUCAUGAAGUACAAGAUGUCUGGACCCGCCUAUACCCUGAACAUCCGUAACGUAGAUGGGGAGGAACACUUCUUGCUUGAUGUAGAUCUCGUUCCUGUCAUACGGUUCAUGCUGCCGCGGUGGCCGGAAGGAUAUAGAAUGAUGGAAGGCAGCCAGAUCAAGGAGUGGCUGGUGGUGCCCAAGCCCAACAAAGCGGUGGCUGACGAAGCACACAAGAACAGGCUGUGGAGGCUCUCCUUUCAGGAUUAUGAGCGGGACUUGAUCAAGGGCUGUCAACAACUCAAGACCACCAUACGACUGGUAAAAAAGUUACGUGACGCUCGCGGCAUGAAGGCCAUUGCUAGCUACUACAUAAAAACGUUGUUCCUUUGGAAAGUACAAAAAACCAACGACAAAAAGUACUGGCAGAAGAAACUGAGUGUCAUCUUCCGUGAAAUGGUCGAAGAGUUAUACAAUGCUGUUAAAGAGAAGAAUAUACCAUACUUCUGGAAUAAAAAUAACAAUUUGUUACAAGGAGUCAAGCCGACCUUGCUUAACACCUACGCUGAAACUCUUAAGCAAGUUCUAGACAGCAUCGAUGGGAAUGACGUAGAUAAAGUAGUGUACGCUUUGUUGAACACUGAAGAAAUCAAGGAAUUCAAAGACUCCGAGUUCUAUAAGAAACAAGUAACAAAUAACAUCGUUGUUACACCAGACAGUAUCAGCAGAUCCAUGUCGGUUGUUAGCUCAAGUUCAUCAGAAGUUGACUCUUCAAAACCAGUACAAAAACACGACGACAACCUUCUGGAAAUUGUUAAAAGUCUUGCUUUCAAAGUUGAUCAGUUGACUAUCAAAGUGGAACAACAAGAAGAGAAAAUAAUACAGCAAGACCAGAAAAUAAUACAGCAAGAUGAAAAAAUAAUACAGUUAGAAAGAGAAUUGAAGACACUCAAAGAUAGCAAUCAGAUAAUAUUGUUAAAGGAAGAUUUAGCAUCAGAAUGUAAUAAACAACCAGUACCUGAAACGAUAGAUAUGGAAAAUUCUAAAGUGUUAGAUUUAUUAACUUUUUAAUAAAGAGCUCUUAGUGUCUAUACAGACAGACUACAUGUGGACUGUAAGACCAAUUUCGUUGUCCGUCUGUGUAGACCCUUAGGCCGACCGAAAGUUUAUAUUAUCAGAAAUUUUCUGACAAGACAUUUCCAACUAAAUUGCCUCUGAUCUGGUCUGUUGGGAGGCCUCAGCCGUGGCCAUUGGCCAUUUUAAGCCGAGAUAUUAUUCUAUUCGUACUUUGACUUAAGUUUCAGUUAAAACGAGACAGAUUUAUGCCAGUGAUAUAACGCUGUCUCGUUUUAACAGUGACGCAAAGAGCCUGCAUCUCACCUACCUAUGCUAUGGUCAGAUGAAUUAGAGUGAGGGAACUCUCGGGAUAUGUCAAAUAUUAGGCUACGGUGGCGUAAAAUCAAAGAAAAAUGGGGGUAGCUCCGUCAAAUGUACUAACAUUUGACGCCUGCCAAUGGCCAGCGUCGUCGAGGCCUCGAUGUUAUCUUAGAAGUUCCCAAACUGUGAUAUGGUGAAAUUGCAGUUAGUUGAUAAGCUGUCGACAUGGCAUGAUAUAGGCAA